GAUUUCUCCAUUUAUAAUUCGGUUUGAGUGCACCACCAUCAUUAUCAUACCUGGGCAACAAAGUCAAAUAAAUGCGAAAUGCGGUGGGAAAAAAUAACAAAGUGGAGAGGAGAGUGGAAGUUUCACUUGUUCUGGUGUAGUGUACUGUAACGAUCACUUGUUGCCACGUAUUCUCCGAUUUUCCCUCUCCUUCUCUUCCUCCAUUACCGCAGAAGAAUACAUUCAUCUUUAUUUCUCUAUUUAUAAUAACAAAAAAUUGGGAAAAAAAAGCACAGAAACGGCUGUAUUUUGACUAUUGUUGCGAAACCCUGAAUCGGAAUGCCCCCCUCAAUUGGUGGGGCCCCCAAAAUUGUCAUCUUUUUCGUUGCUGAGACACUUAAGUUUCAAUCCAAUUGAUGGUAAUCACAAGGGUUUUUUUUAAUUCGGGUUUGUGAUGACUCACAAUGCCGGCCAUGGCGAUCUCAGGCUGGUGGGAGAUUACGUGAAAUUGGAGGUUGGCGUGGGCGGUGGUGGUGGGGCCCAGUGCCUCAAGGCGGUCUCGCCUUCUUGCGAAUGGCGGUGGCUGUUGUGGUGGUGGGCCAAGCUGCUACUGGUGGCGUUGUUUAUUGCGGUGUUGCUUGCUGUUUUCUUGAAAUGGAUCGGACCCUUCGUCAUGGACAAGGAGAUCAUCCCCUUAAUUAAUUGGGAGAGAGAAUCGUUCAGCACCAAUCACCUAGCACUUUUAAUCUUUGCUUCUCUGACAAUAUUCCCAUCCAUCCUUUUGCCUUCUUCACCGUCUAUGUGGCUUGCUGGGAUGACUUUUGGAUAUGGUUAUGGUUUUCUGCUGGUCGUUGGAGGAGUCAUAUUUGGUGUCUCUCUUCCGUAUUUCAUUGGCUCACUUUUUUACCAUAAAAUCCAACUGUGGUUAGAGAGAUAUCCUAAACGAGCUUCUGUUAUAAGAUUGGCAGGCGAGGGAAGUCUGUUUAAUCAGUUCAGAGCUGUAGCACUUAUUAGGAUUUCUCCUUUCCCAUACAUCAUAUAUAAUUACUGUGCCGUAGCCACAGAUGUCAAGUUUGGACCUUACUUGUUAGGGACGCUCGUCGGGAUGGUGCCAGAAAUAUUUCUUACACUUUACACUGGAAUUAUCAUACAAACUUUAGCCGAUGCUACGGAUUAUCAGAAAACAAUGUCAGGUUCUCAGAUUCUGUGCAACAUUGGGGGCUUCUGCAUCACUGCGGCAGCAACAGUGCUCGUCACAUUGUACGCGAAAAGGCGACUGAAGGAACUGCAGAUGGAAGAGGUGCUAGUCUUGCAGUAAUACCUCAUAUGUCAUGUGGCUAGAUUAUUGCUUUCUAUUGCAAUUAUACACCACCCAUAGCGUAUACACAAACUGUUUCAUCGUCUGGUGAGUUUAUAAGUUGGCUCCUCAUUCUUUUGAGACUCGUCUGCCGGGAGUGGAAAAGGGAGUUAGGCAUCACAACCAAUGAUAUCGAUUCUUGCUUCCUUCCUUACUUACCCUCCUCAUUAUGAUCUGUGCAUAGUCCUCCCCGAUCUCGGCCUUUAAAGGUUAUGUUACAAGAAGCCAUGCAUUAUUACUACCUUGGCUAUAUGAAUUCGAAUAAAAGGAUAUAUAUGGCUGAGUUCAUGUAACUCUAUGCCUUAAUUAUGUUGUUUAGAAUGUUUGCAGUGAAGAGUAGGCGUAUUAUGUGCAUGUGUUUUUUUUUUCUGAGAAGGGGAUGUGAUAUGUUGUGCAAGGUUUCAUUGUCGCUGAGAAAUGAGAACCUCCAGCUAACGUAGGUGCUUACCGGCCUCGGGCGUCUAUCUCUCUACCUCCGAAGCUUAAAGCCUGACUUUUUAAAAAAAAGGAAAAUAAAAAAGAAAAAAAAGGAAGAUAGAACUUAAAAAGGAAAAAGAGAAAUGGUCUCUUUUUAAAAAGGGGUGAUUUUGGCUUCUUUGUGUGUGUAAUCCUUUGUAACACUAAGAUUGAAGUGUAAAGAAGAGAAGUAAUUGUUGUAAUAGUAGAAUGUCAAAACCAUGAUAGUGUGGGAAUGGGAUGAUGGAGAUGGUUCAAAAUA